AUGGACAGGCGGAGAAGACCGUUGACUUUUGAAGUAAGAGAUAAGGUGGUGUUGAAAGUAGCGCCGCUCAAAGGGGCUAUGCGUUUCGGUAGAAAGGGAAAGCUCAGCCCGUGGUAUAUUGGACCUUUCGAGAUACUAGGAAGAAUCGGGGAAGUGGCAUACAGUUUAGCAUUGCCACCUCGCUUAUCUCCGGUACAUGACGUGUUUCAUGUAUCCAUGCUGAGGAAAUAUAUCAAUGACCCCAAUCAUGUACUCAGCUAUGAGGAAUUAAGAGUGGAUCCAAAGCUCUGCUAUGAGGAGAAGCUAGUGGCACUCUUGGAUCCAAAGGAUAAAGCGUUGAGAAACAAGUCCAUACCAUUGGUAAAAGUGCAGUGGUGUAACCAUGGGGUCGAAGAGGCAACUUGGGAACCUGAAGAUAAGAUUAUAUAG